CACUGGCAUGCAUGACGUAAUUUGGGAAGCGCUCUCACUUGCAGUGCGCGCGUGUGUGUGUAUGAUGAGUGUGUGCGUGCAGGGAAAGCGUCAGUGCGCACCAACACCAACCCGCUUGGCAGCUGUAUUCCUUCGCUGUGAUUGGGCGGAGGGCGGUGAUUCCUUCUGUCACGAUUUGGGUCGCUCCCACCGGAGGACACCGACCGUCUGAGUCCAGCCUUUACCGAGGUGCUCUCCAGAGGAGACGGUGCACACCGGGAGGAGAGACGCAUGAGGUUUUCGUCUCAAGGGUUGGACUUACAACUCGGGAUUUGUCCUCCUGUCUGUGUCGGUGAGGAGCGGAGAGGAGAGAGGGGGGAUCUUAGUGCUGGAUCGAUCAGCCGCCUUUCUUCUGUCGGGGCUGCGGUAAAAGUCGUUCACGAUGCCGGUGUUUCACACCAAGACCAUCGAGAGUAUCCUGGAGCCGGUGGCCCAGCAGAUCUCCCACCUGGUCAUCAUGCACGAGGAGGGGGAGGUGGACGGGAAAGCCAUCCCAGAUCUGACGGUGCCGGUGGCGGCGGUGCAGGCGGCAGUCAGCAACCUUGUGCGGGUGGGAAAGGAGACAGUUCAAACCACUGAGGACCAGGUGAUGAAGAGAGACAUGCCUCCUGCAUUCAUUAAGGUGGAGAACUCAAGCUCCAAGCUCGUCCAGGCGGCUCAGAUGCUAAAGGCAGAUCCAUACUCUGUUCCUGCACGCGAUUACCUGAUCGAUGGAUCCAGAGGGAUACUGUCUGGAACCUCCGACCUGCUCCUCACCUUUGAUGAAGCCGAGGUGCGUAAGAUAAUUCGCGUGUGUAAAGGUAUCCUAGAGUAUCUGACAGUAGCUGAGGUGGUGGAGACCAUGGAGGACCUCAUCACUUACACCAAGAACCUGGGACCAGGGAUGACCAAAAUGUCAAAGAUGAUUGAGGAAAGGCAGCAAGAGCUGACGCACCAAGAACACAGACAGAUGCUAGUCAGCUCCAUGAACACUGUCAAAGAGGUGCUGCCUGUUCUUAUAUCAGCUAUAAAGAUUUUUGUCGCAACCAAGAGCAGUCAAGGUGCUGGCGUUGAGGAGGCAGAGAGAAACAGAAGAUUCACCUUUGAAAAGAUGAGCACUGAAAUCAACGAGAUCAUAAGAGUCUUACAGCUCACCACGUGGGACGAAGACGCCUGGGCCAAUAAGAAGGAUAUGGAGGCUUUGAGGAGAUCUCUGGCUUUGAUUGAAUCGAAGAUGGCACAAGCUAAAAGCUGGCUCAAAGACCCCCAUGGACAACCAGGAGACCCCGGUGAGGUUGCCCUGCGUGUGAUACUGGAUGAAGCUGGUAAGGUGGGAGAGCUGUGUGCUGGGAAGGAGAGGAAAGAUAUACUGGCAACCACUAAGGCUCUGGGACAAAUGACUGACCAGAUUGCAGAUCUACGAGCCAGAGGCCAGGGCCCGACCCCAGGGUGCGUGCAGCGUGCAGGCCAGUGCUCACAGGGCUUAGACUUGUUAUUUGGCAAAGUGGACAGUGCUGCCCGCAGAUUGGAGGCUCUAAUCAAUGCCAAGCAGGCCAUUGCCAGGAGGCUGGACGCUGCACAGGCCUGGCUGGCUGAUCCUAACGGCGGUCCUGAGGGGGAAGAGAACAUCAGAGCGCUACUGGCAGAGGCCAAACGCAUCGCUGAUCUCUGUGAAGACCGCAAAGAAAGGGAUGACAUCCUGCGCUCCAUCAGUGAGAUUGCAGGCCUCACCGCCAGACUUGUAGAGCUACGCAAACAGCUUAAACUGCAACCUCAUGUCACCAAUAGCUGGCAUAUUUUACCUGCCUGGAAAAUAUGUUGUUGCCUGUCAACCCUGGGCAUCAGUCCUACCAUAAGGGGUAAAGGUGACAGCCCAGAGGCUCGUGCAUUGGCAAAGCAGAUUGGGGCAGCGCUGCUGACCCUGCAGUCCAAAACAAACCGGGCCGUGGCCAACAUGAGACCAGCCAAACCUGCCGUCACCUUGGAGGGCAAAAUGGAGCAGGCCCUCCGCUGGGUGAGCAACCCUGGAGUGGAUGACAGAGGAGUAGAGUGUGAGAUACUACAGUGGAACACAGGUCAGGCAGCGAUCAGAGGAAUGGUUGGAGAAGGGAGGAGGCUGGCAGGAGGCCUGUUAGGCCCGUAUCGACAGGAUAUGAUUGGACGCUCUGACCGAACAGAGGCUCUAAUGACAUCUUUGGCAGACAUGGCCGGCAGGGGCGAGGCUGAGGCUCCUCAUGCGCGAGCUAUAGCCGCACAACUACAGGACAGCCUCAAGGACCUGAGGCAGCACAUGCAGGAGGUGAUGACCCAGGAAGUAUCUGACAUUUUCAGCGACACCACCACCCCUAUCAAACUGCUGGCAGUGGCUGCAACUGCUCCCCCUGAUGCCCCCAACAGAGAGGAGGUUUUUGAAGAGCGCGCAGGGAACUUCGAGGCCCACGCAGGUCGGCUGGGGGCGACCGCAGAGAAGGCUGCUGCCGUGGGAACAGCCAAUAAGAGCACAGUAGAGGGCAUACAUGCUGCUGUGAAACAUGCCAGGGAGCUCACACCACAGGUAACCUCUGCUGCUCGGAUCUUGUUGAAGAAUCCUGGAAAUAAAGCAGCGUAUGAGCACUUUGACACCAUGAAGAACCAGUGGAUUGACAAUGUGGAGAGACUCACUGGUCUGGUGGAUGAGGCCAUCGACACCAAAUCUCUGUUAGAUGCUUCUGAGGAGGCUAUAAAGAAAGACAUCGAUAAGUGCAGAGUUGCCAUGGCAAAUGUUCAGCCCCAAAUGCUUGUUGCCGGGGCAACAAGCAUAGCAAGACGAGCUAAUCGGGUCCUGUUGGUGGCUAAGAGGGAAGUGGAGAACUCUGAAGAUCCGCGGUUCAGAGACACCGUGAAACAUGCGUCAGACAUCCUCUCACACACCAUCUCACCCAUGGUGAUGGAUGCUAAGGCAGUGGCUGGGAACAUACAAGACAAAGCUCUGCAAAAGGCCUAUUUGGACUCCUGUCUGAGGAUCCUGGCUUCAGUCGGAAAAGUUAGAGAAGCCUUCCAACCGCAGGAGCCUGACUUCCCUCCUCCACCACCUGACCUGGACCAGCUCCAUGUUAGUGAUGAGCAGGCACCACCCAAGCCCCCCUUGCCAGAGGGCGAGGUGCCCCCGCCUCGGCCCCCUCCUCCAGAAGAGAAGGAUGAGGAGUUCCCAGAGCAGAAGGUUGGAGAGGUGCUUAGUGAGCCCAUGAUGGUGGCCGCCAGGCAGCUACAUGAUGAGGCCCGCAAGUGGUCCAGCAAGCCUGAGGAUGAGGAGGCAGUAGAGGAGAGGGAGGUAGAUGAUGAAGAUGAGUUUACUGAUGGUGAGGAUGACUAUGAGCCAGAACUGCUGAUGAUGCCCUCCAACCAGCCUGUCAAUCAACCCAUUCUGGCAGCUGCCCAGUCUCUCCACCAGGAGGCGCGCAAGUGGUCCAGCAAGGGUAAUGACAUCAUAGCAGCAGCCAAGCGGAUGGCUCUGCUUAUGGCAGAAAUGUCUCGACUGGUGCGUGGUGGAAGCGGGAACAAACGAGCACUGAUUCAGUGUGCUAAGGACAUCGCCAAGGCCUCAGAUGAGGUGACGAGACUGGCUAAAGAGGUGGCCAAGCAGUGCACUGACAGACGCAUCAGAACUAAUCUGCUACAGGUGUGUGAACGAAUCCCUACCAUCAGUACUCAGCUGAAGAUCCUCUCUACUGUCAAAGCCACCAUGCUGGGACGAACAAAUAUUAGUGAAGAGGAAUCAGAGCAGGCCACAGAUAUGUUGGUCCAUAACGCCCAGAACCUGAUGCAGUCAGUGAAGGAGACUGUCAGAGAAGCAGAGGCAGCCUCCAUCAAGAUCCGCACAGAUGCAGGAUGCACCCUUCGCUGGGUGCGCAAGACCCCCUGGUACCAAUAAACGAACCUGGUCACUGAAACUAGUAACACUCUUAACUUGUCACCAAUAGCGCACACCUGGAGUAAAAGUAGCAAUGUGCAUACUCAUAUAUGAGUAUGAUAAACAUGUGCACUUCUUCAAAGAGGAAACUGCAGGUGAUUUUGACCCAUUCUUCAGUGUAGUUUGGUUGUGUCUACCAGGAACUAUUAGAUUUGGUACCAAACAGGUUUCAUUUAUUAGCGUGAGUUUGGCUUUGCUCUCCAGUUCUCUUUAUCUGUAACUGUGGAAUCACGCAGGCUAACCGGAGGCCGUUUUUAAUAUAUAUUUUUGGUAUGUUGUGUUACAAGAGUUUAUCCAAAUUCCAGGUAUAUAUUUUUUGCAUGAAAAUGUUUUCUAUUUUCUAAAGGCAAAUUAUGACAUGAAGAUACUUAUCUCCUAGAGGAAAUUUACUUUUCUUCGUUUCUUAUUGUCUAUUGUAUAUACAGUAAUUAUUUGUUUUAUGGACAACACUCAGCUAUGAGCUUUAUACACUGAGUUUGACACUAAAGUGUGGAGUUUUGUGUGGGCUGAUGAGCUCUCCUCUCUUCAUGUUUACUUUUAGUAAUAACACUGUUCUUAACUGAAGAUCUAUGAAUUCAAAGGUAACGCAUCAUCGCCACUGUCCGGUGAUGUUACUUGAAGAAGUAAAAGGUUUUCUGGAUUAAAAGUUUUAUGAUUUAUAGGCAAAUGAUACAGUUUCAAAAGUGAUUGUAUAAUUUGAAAAAAAAAGUGUGGCGGUCAAUAAAAAGGCAGGUUUUUUGUUGAUUGCAGGAAGAUACUUAAUAAAUAAGAGGUUUUCACUUGACAGCUGCAGAAUGAGUGAGAUGACAUGUUUUUAAUGUGUGUUUUGAAUUUUUUGUGUUAACUUUAUUUAACUUGCACAGUGAACAAUGCCAAAGGAUUUGUUUUACAUUACAGUAAGCUUCAUAAAGUUCAUAACAAAUAAAAUCCAGGUUAUUACAAACAAGACAGACCAUUUUCUUUAGAGACCCUGAAGUACUUUUUAAGGUCUGUUUUUUUAGCAAACAAGAGAGGAUGUUUUCUGCAUUUUUAACUAAUUGUAGUGCUUACUUUCUGUACUAUCUCUGUAACAGUUGAACUGUUUGGAUUUUUUUCAAAAUUAAUCAAAACCAAUGAUUUUAGACGUUCAUUUAGAGCUCAGUAGUCCCACUCUGAAUGCGCUGACGUAUUAUUUUAACACAGAUUUUCUAGACGACCCCGGUGGUUUGAGAACAAAAACAACUUUUUUUUAUGUGAUAUUAGUCACUGAUGCCAGUCUAGCGGUCUAGUUUUUUUUUGGUUUUAGGUUUAAAUUUUGAAAAAAUGUUUAAAAGGAGUGUCUGGAAUAAUUACACAGCCAUUUAAGGAAUCGUGAUUGGUAACGAAAUAUUACAUGCAAUAAAAUCAGUGAAUGCAUAUUUUCAUUCGCUAAACAGUAUUUCAUCAAGUUUUAUUACAUAUUUUUUACAAUGGUGGUGCAAAUGUAACUGUUAAAUGGAGAAUCUGUACAUGUGUGUGUGCCUGUGUAUAUGUGUGAAGCCUCUUCACUUAAACAGUAUUAGUGAGCCGUCCCCAUGAUGGCCAGAGCUCUCAAACAGCAGCACAGAAUGUUAAGCGCAUUUUCAUCUUUAUUUGGGCCUACUGAGCAUGUAGCAGUCAGUGACCCCUCACUGAGAGCCACAGGGUGUACUUCUGUGUGAUGUGUUCAUUCACACCCUGAAUGUAUUCUGAUAGCUUCUAGCCCUGCCAACACAUCUGCUGUGCCUUGGAAGAAUAAAAGACUAUAAUGAUGA